AUGAAUAACCAAUUCAAUAUAGCAUUUCCUAGGUCUUAUAUAGACCAUAUUGAAUAUUUAAAUCUUAUUGAAAGCCUAAAUAGAAAAAUAGAUAUUGGAAUAUGCAAACUAAUGAACAAAUUUUAUAACUAUAAAAAUAUCCCACUUAACAAUUUUAUUGAUAAUGGGUUUCAAACUUUAAAAGAACAAUAUUAUUGGAUUGAGUUAUAUGUAGAAAGUACUAGCGAAGUUAUAUCUCCAAUGUACUUGUCAGAUGAAGAGAUUAUUAAUAGAGUAAAUAUAGCAAAAAUUAUUGAAAAAAAUUCCAAUUUAAUGAUGCAAAGUACUGUGCAAAUGAUGGCUAAGAAAAAGAAUCUGAAGUAA